AUGCCUCGCCCGGGCAGAAACACUUACAGUGACCAGAAGCCUCCCUACUCCUACAUCUCGCUGACCGCCAUGGCGAUCCAGAGCUCCCCGGAGAAGAUGCUGCCCCUGAGCGAGAUCUACAAGUUCAUCAUGGACCGCUUCCCGUACUACCGGGAGAACACGCAGCGCUGGCAGAACUCCCUCCGCCACAAUCUCUCCUUCAACGACUGCUUCAUCAAGAUCCCGCGCCGCCCCGACCAGCCGGGCAAGGGCAGCUUCUGGGCGCUGCACCCCAGCUGCGGGGACAUGUUCGAGAACGGCAGCUUCCUGCGCCGCCGCAAGCGCUUCAAGGUGGUCAAGUCGGACCACCUGGCCCCCAGCAAGCCGGCGGAUGCGGCGCAGUACCUGCAGCAGCAGGCGAAGCUACGGCUCAGCGCCCUGGCGGCCACCGGCACCCACCUGCCCCAGAUGUCCACGUACAACCUCGGCGUGUCCCAGCCCUCCAGCUUCAAGCACCCCUUCGCCAUCGAGAACAUCAUCGCCAGAGAGUACAAGAUGCCCGGCGGCCUCGCCUUUUCCACGAUGCAGCCCGUGCCGGCCGCCUACCCCCUCCCCAACCAGUUGACUACGGUGGGCAGCUCCAUUGGCACGGGCUGGCCCCACAUGUACAGCUCCGGCAUGAUCGACACCGCCACCCCCAUCUCCGUGGCCAGCAGCGAGUACGGCGCCUACGGCGUGCCCAUUAAGCCGCUCUGCCAUGGGGGGCAGACUUUGCCGGCCAUCCCCGUCCCCAUCAAGCCUACCCCCGCCGCGGUGCCGGCCCUGCCGGCCCUGCCCGCGCCCAUCCCCACGAUCCUCUCGAACUCGCCACCCUCCCUCAGCCCCACGUCCUCGCAGACGGCCACCAGCCAAAGCAGCCCGGCCACCCCCAGCGAGACUCUCACCAGCCCGGCGCCCGCCCUGCACUCCGUGGCGGUGCACUGA